AUCAUUUGUUGACUUUUCAUUGGUCAUCGUUCUCUCUUUCCACCCAUACUCGUCUUUGAUCGGUACUGUGAAGGCCUCUUUCUCGGACAUCUCUUAUAAGCCCAACGCAAAAAGCCAUUGUUUUCAACGUAACAAAUUCGCAUCUCAAUACCUUCACUUAUGUGUCGUGAAGAGAAAUAUUUUUAAAAAAAAAAAUAUUAUUGUUUUUAAUUUUCUCUAUUAGUUAUUAAGCCAUUAGAAUUAAAAAAAGAAAAAGAAAAAUAUAAAGUCAAAUUUUUUUUUUUUGAUAUGCUAUUUGUUUAUUUCCGCGAAUUCCUCAAACCGUGAUCUGUGAAAAGUUGUUUCGCAAAUCAAAUCCCCUAAAGCCCUCGUUUUGCGCCUGGCUGAGAUGAACACUCGUCGUUUUAUACGUUUCCGCUGAAUUUGAUUGUCGUUUUCCGUUCCCCUGUAGUCGGUUUCGUUUCUCUCCUUUGCUCCUUUCUGGUUCUCCGUUCUCAUCUCCCAAACCGAUCACAAUCACUACAUAACAAAGCUCUGAAAAGAAGAGAGAGGGUGUGGUGGUGGGAUAAAAAUGGAGGUAUCUGGUAACGCUUCCGAACCCUACGAAAAUAGUGGCGAUGGCAGUCCGAGAAGAGGUGGGGGCAUGUUGCAACAUCUGCCUCCCCUCAAUUUGUUUCAUUCGCCGUUAUCGUUUUUGUUGGAGUAUUCCGGUAUACUUCCGCCGAGGUCAACUCACCGGGAUAGCGAGGAGGAAGCGGUCAACGUUGGGUCUGUUGCUCCUGAUUCGCCGCCUGCCCCCCCUGCUCCAUGUGCAGCUGGAGGAACCAGCGGCGGUGAUUCGGCUGAGGUUUCGAUUCGGAUUAUCGGCGGUGGAGAGCAGGAGGACAGGUCUGUUUCAUCUCCGGGACGUAGCGGAGAAGGAGGUGUAGAUGGGGAUGGUGGUGGUUCUUUGAGAAUGCAUGAAUUGGAUGAUCAGCCUGGUUCUGCCCGAAUUGGCAGCGACGGAGGAGUUGCGGAGGCCAGCGGGAGAGCGCCGCUGAUUUCUCCUUCGUCGUCGGUACCUCGUUCCGGGGUUUCGUCUCUCCAGGACAACUCUUCUUCCCAGAGUUACGACAUUCAACAAAUUGCCAAAUGGAUUGAGCAAAUUCUUCCGUUUUCAAUUCUAUUGUUGGUGGUAUUCAUUCGUCAGCAUUUGCUAGGUUUUUUUGUUACAAUAUGGAUAUCAGCUGUCAUGUUUAAAUCAAAUGAUAUUGUUCGGAGGCAAACAGCUCUAAAGGGAGAAAGGAAACCUUAUGCCCUUCUUGGCUAUUUUGGCAUUUUUAUGCUUCACGUUGUUGGUAUUUACUGGUGGUUUCGAAAUGAUGAUCUAUUAUAUCCAUUAGUCAUGCUUCCUCCAAAAGCAAUACCACCUUUCUGGCAUGCUAUUUUCAUCGUUUUAGUAAAUGAUACACUGGUGAGGCAGGUGGCAAUGGCUUUCAAGUGUUUGCUGCUUAUAUAUUACAAGAAUGGGAGAGGGUAUAACUUCCGCCGGCAGGGACAAAUGUUAACCCUACUUGAAUAUGCUCUGCUGUUGUACCGUGCUUUUAUACCAACACCUGUCUGGUAUCGUUUCUUCUUAAACAAAGAUAACGGAAGCCUCUUCUCAUCACUAACCACAGGAUUGUAUCUAACGUUUAAGCUUACAUCUAUUGUCGAGAAGGUUCAAUUUUUCUUUGCUGCUGCAAAGGCAUUAACACGGAAGGAACUCCAAUUCGGGUCUCAUGCCACACUGGAACAGGUAAAUGCAGCUGGAGAUCUUUGUGCUAUUUGCCAGGAGAAGAUGCACGCACCAAUUCUUUUGCGUUGUAAACACAUCUUCUGUGAGGACUGUGUUUCAGAGUGGUUUGAGAGAGAAAGGACUUGUCCUCUAUGCAGGGCAUUGGUUAAACCUCCAGAUCUACGAACUUUCGGGGACGGAUCAACAAAUUUGCUGUUUCAGCUAUUCUGAAAAUCAAGGUCUCUGUUUUGUUUCACAAGCAGCCUUCAAUUAAAGGAGCCAUUUCGUCUAAUCAGAAAAUGGUAUAUAUAUUUAUACUUGGUUACACUAUCUCACCAUCAAGUUGCCUCCAGAAUAUUCGAUGGAAGGUACUAUCAAAGUCUAAUAUGAACAGGUUCGGGUUCAUGUGUUGAAAUUGUGAGGUCUGAUGAUCCAUGGUUUUCCAAGUUAUACUCAAAACUGAUGAGAUGGUUAAUACUGUAUCCUCCUCAUCCACGCAGAUUUUGAAUUUUUUUUUUUUUAUAAUACGAAAUCCCAUACAUGGCAUGCCAAUCUUUUGUAUAUACAUUUAUAGAAAAUUUUCUCCCCUUUGCUCCAAAAUUUGCCCUUACUAAAAUCUUGUGGCCACCUCACUUCUGCAUUUCCCUCUGCUGAACUUUCUGCCUGUUGAGAUCAAAUGGGUUUUUGCUUUUAUUUAGGUUGAGAUUUGUUCCAUCUACAAUGGUGUGGAUGUUAUUAUUAUUAUGGAUUGAUUCUUUGGUGACUCA